AUAUAUGAAGAAGAUUGGAAGAAAAUAGAGUAGGAAAAACCCCAACUGAUCCUACCUCCUCACCCAAAAUGGAGAUUGGAAGACCCUCUUCUACACCAUUCAUAGGCCUAGGCAGCUUCAUCUUUUUUGUUUUGAUAGUUUUCCAUCUUCAAACUAGCUAUGCAAAACAUCAUAAUCAUCAUUGCCCUGCAUCUUCAUGUGGAAAUAUACACAAUAUAAGCUACCCUUUUCGGCUCCAAACCGAUCCACCAAACUGCGGGAAGAAAAGGUAUGAACUAUCUUGUGAGAAUAACAACCAUUCCACUGUCUUAAACUUGUAUUCAGGAAAAUACCAUGUCCAUGCAAUCAAUUACAAUAACUACACAAUUCAAGUGGCGGAUUUCAAUAUUCACAAGGCUAAUUGCUCCUUCGUGCCUCCUUAUUCUCUGUUCAAUUAUAACUUCAGUCGCAGAGAUCCAUAUUUAAUUAAGAUGAAUACAGGCAGUGAAUCAUAUUCACUCUCAGAAGCUAUAACAUUUGUCAAGUGUGAAAAUCCAGUUGAGUCUCCUCUUUACAUACCCACUGAUCCAUGCAUCAAUAGUAGUGGUGCUGCUACUACUAUCUUAUCCAAAGGGGAAUACUACUCUUAUGUGAAGGUUGGUGGAACAUAUACAUCGGGGUUAGAGGAUUCUUGCCGUAUAGAGCUGAUGGUUAUGAUCACAUCACGACAGCAGAGAAUUUGGGAAAACAGCAGCACCAACAUUUCCUACAAAGACAUACACAAUCAACUUGUAUACGGCUUUGAGCUUUCAUGGUUGCCAAGUUUUGUUAAUGAUGUUCAUUUUGGUUACACUUGCUAUGUCAAUGGCUCCAACAACGUGGUCCAUUGCGAUGAUUGGAGUACUAUUUUUCCCGGCAUUCUUGAUAUUCCCUUUUUGUUCAGCGGGAUUUUAUUAGCAAUUUCAUUUCUUUUUUGCGCAUGGCGAAGGCGACAUUUAUCAAUGUAUAACAUUAUCGAAGAAUUCUUACAAACUAACAACGAUCUUAUGCCUGUAAGGUAUUCAUACUUCGAUAUUAGAAAGAUGACUAUGGGUUUCAAGGACAAACUUGGUGCAGGAGGUUAUGGUUCUGUCUAUAAAGGAAAGCUUCGUAGUGGACGUUUUGUAGCAAUCAAGAUGUUAGAGAAAUCCAAGGCUAAUGGGCAAGAUUUCAUCAAUGAAGUUUCUACCAUUGGAAGGAUUCACCAUGUCAAUGUCGUGCAGCUUGUUGGUUUCUGUGCUCAGGGAUCAAAACAUGCUCUUGUAUACGAUUUUAUGCCUAAUGGAUCUCUUGACAAAUAUCUUUUUUCUCAAGAAGGAACUAACUCCUUAGAUUGCAAGAAAAUGUGUGAAAUCUCAUGUGAAGUGGCUUGUGGUAUUGAAUAUCUUCAUCGAGGAUGCAACAUGCAAAUUUUACAUUUUGAUAUCAAGCCGCAUAACAUUCUUUUGGAUGAGAAUUUUAUUCCAAAGGUUUCUGAUUUUGGGCUCGCAAGAUUAUCCCCAUUAGGCAAUAGCAUUGUCUCUCUUACUGCAGCAAGAGGAACCAUGGGAUACAUAGCUCCUGAGUUGUUUUACAAGAAUAUUGGAGCAGUUUCUAACAAAGCGGAUGUUUAUAGUUUUGGAAUACUAUUGAUGGAAAUGGCUAGUAGAAGAAAGAAUUUGAAUGCAGGUGCAGAUCAUACGAGUCAAAUUUACUUUCCUUCGUGGAUUUAUGAUCAAUUGAAGGAAGGAAACAACGUUGAAAUGGGUGAUGCAACAGAGGAUGAGUCAAAAAUAAGAAAGAAGAUGAUUAUAGUUGCAUUAUGGUGUAUACAAAUGAAUCCAAAUGAUCGACCAACAAUGAACAGAGUCAAAGAGAUGCUUGAAGGAGAUGUUGAAAGCCUGCAAAUGCCUCCAAAGCCUUUUGCAAGUAAACAAGAAAAGCCUGUAGAGCUUGUAAAUCAUGAAGGGGUGAAAUUAGAUUUAAGAUACUCAACAACAGCUUCAUAUCAUGACGACUACAAUGAGAUUAGUCAAAUUAUAGAAUCAAGUUAAAGAGAUAAAGUCUAAGAAUGGUAGGCUUGUUGUUUUCACAUUUGCUAAGACAAAUAUAUACUUUUAUCCCUUUAGUUGUUUUAGUACCAAAUUCUCAUUUACAAUGCCAUGAGACUUUGUAUUAAAUUUGUCUUUUCCAUUUUAGAGGUAGAGUAAUCUAUAUGUUGGGGGAUGAUUCCGAUUGGUUUAAUAAGAUAGACCCCAAAUAUAAGACAAUAAGAAUAAUCCUAAAAAUUGCACUUAUU